AUGGCGGAUCUUCACAGACAGACAACUGAGGCUGGGCAUUUCAGCUCCGCUUCGGCCCGAGUACGAUUGUCCUGCGAAAAGUGCCAGCAGCGAAAGAUUAAGUGUGAUAAGCGUGAUCCAUGUACUAAUUGCCAGCGCAUUGGCAUCACUUGUGUGCCUGUUGAACGGGCCCGACUGCCCCGAGGGAGAACUGGCCGGGGCGCAACGAAAGGACCACUACCCAAGAAUACGCGCUUGAAAGAUCGCAUAUCCAGACUGGAGAGUCUAAUUCGGGGUAUUGCCGACUGCGGUAGUCCCAGUGCUUCUAGUAGAGCUCUUCCCUAUUCCACGACCUCCAGUUGCACCAGGAGCCAGACAAGCGUUUCCCGGACUGGCUCAGCUGAUGGCAGGUCAGAGGCUCAGGAACCUGACGAUGACGGUUCGCAAAUUUAUCCUUGGAUUCACGCUCUUCCUCAGCGCCAUGAUACACAUAGGACCCAAUACCACGGGCAGAACACUCACAGCCUCAAUGCCGAUGACACUGCCAUGAGAUACCAGCGCCUCCUCUCAAUAUCAAAGAGCGCCGAGAAUGAAAUAAAUGCCCAAACAGUUGACCGAGAAGCAUAUGUUACCAGGGAGACAGAGCAAAAGCUGUGUCAAAUUUACCUUCAAAGGGUGGAUCCUGUCUUUAAAAUAUUACACAGGCCUUCUCUGAGCACUUUCUUGAUCGAAGGAAAGCCAUACCUAGACUAUGAGCCUGGACACCUCGCACCGAAAGCGUUGAAAUAUGCCGUGUACUAUGCUGCCAUCUGCAGCCUCGAUGAAGUAGAGUACAGGUACAUAUUCAAAACCAGCAAAAGAGUGAUGGUAGAAAGGUAUCAGAAGAAAUCGGAAUUGAUACUCGCCCAGGCCGAUUAUCUUGCAACCAAUGAUAUGACAGUCCUACAAGCCUUCGUUCUCUUUCUGCUAUCAUCUCGAUCCCAGGACCAGAGCCGACGAGUUUGGACCAUGCUGAGCAUUGCGCUCCGUAUUGCUCAAGCGCUCUGUCUUCACAUGGCGAAACCACCGUUUCCCGUGCGGCCGUUUGAGAGCGAAAUGCGCAGACGACUCUGGAGCGCCAUUGGGUUCCUCGACAUCCAAGCUUCGACUGGCUGUGCAUCAGAGCCCAUGAUGCAAGCAGCUUGGUUACAAUCCCAUCCGCCUUCGAACAUCAACGACCACGACAUCAAUUUUGAAAUGGGCACCCUGGCACCGGAAUCCGAAGGAUUCACCGACAUGACAUUCACAAUGAUAGUUCUGAAAGCGCAAUACGUUUUCCGAUUGCUCAAUUUCUCUGAUUUCACCGAACCAACAGUGAAACCCAUCCACCUGCGUCAGCAGUUAGUCGUCGACUUUCAACAUACAGCGUCAACCCUCCUCCAUCACAUCCAAGCAGAUACCAUCCCAUUCCACUGGUUCACCAGACAAGUCGCACAAUACAUCAACGCCUCUAUGCAACUCAUCACUCUACGACCCUUACUUCGAAACCCCAAUUACAUUCCUCCCCGCGUCCAUGGAGACCGUCUCCUCCGUCUCGCCGUCGACGUCCUCGAAAAGCACCAGGAACUGCGCAACAACCCCAGGGCCUUUCCCUGGCGUUGGUCCGAAUAUAUGUUCAUGCCGUGGCAUGCCCUCGCCGUGGCGGCUUCGGAACUCUCUGUCUGCGAGGACCCAGUUCUGAUGGAGAGAUUCUGGACAUCCGUCGAGCAGGCCCAGGAGCGUCUAACUAGUAUGGUAGAGGAUAAAUCUAAAGACAUGUUCUGGAAACCAAUGGAAAAUAUCAUGGCGCAGGCACAGGCAAGAAGAAAUGAACUACUGGACUUAUCGUCUGUUGGGACGCGUCCACUCUUCUCGAAAUCUACUCCGUCUGAUAUAGUCGUCUCUCCUAUGUCUCCCCAGUCAGGGCAUAUCCAGUCGAUGUCGAGAGUGUCUCAUAAUGGUGUUGCUACUGGAAACAUGGCCCCUGCUGCAGCAUCAUCGUCGUCGUCGUCGGAGACGAUUGGUCUCGGUUCAUGGUCAAGUGUGUGGGACGCGGUCGACUUUGGGAACCAUCUACGGGAGAACGAGCUCUCUUGGUUAAAUUAUGAAAAUUUUAUCGACGAUUUGAAUAGCAUCAUAAUGCCUCGUUAG